UCUAAGGGCUAAUGAAGCUGCUCUCAGUGUCUGAAGUGUCGCUGCAGUUCGGUCCUCCACCGCCGGGCGUCGCUGUGCGUUUCUGCGCUUUGUUGUCGGGACCCAAAUCUCGCACAAAACCGCGUGUUUUCCAAAUCUCGCUCCUCUUUCAACUAGCCUCCAAGAUGCCGACCAAGAAAACCAAGACCAGGAAGCUCCGAGGACACGUGAGCCACGGACAUGGUCGCGUUGGCAAACACAGGAAGCAUCCUGGAGGCCGCGGUAAUGCCGGUGGGAUGCAUCACCACAGAAUCAACUUCGACAAAUACCAUCCUGGGUACUUUGGUAAGGUGGGUAUGAGACACUACCACCUGAAGAGGAACGCGUCCCACUGUCCCACCAUCAACCUGGACAAGCUGUGGACGCUGGUGAGCGAACAGACCAGGCUCAACUAUGGCAAGAAGCCCGAUGGCCCCGCCCCCAUCAUCGAUGCCGUGCGCGCUGGUUACUACAAAGUUCUGGGCAAAGGGAAGCUGCCCAAACAGCCGGUGAUCGUCAAGGCCAAGUUCUUCAGCCGGCGAGCUGAGGAGAAGAUCAAGUCAGUGGGCGGAGCCUGUGUCCUGAUGGCGUAGAACUCCUGUCUGGGAUUUUUCAGAAUAAACUGUAUAAAUGGGA